CAUGGCGGCCAACGUGAAGACCGGGAAGGCGGCACCAAACCACGUCAUCUUCAAGAAGGUCUCCCGGGACAAGUCGGUGACCAUCUACCUGGGGAAGAGGGACUACGUAGACCAUGUUGACCACGUAGAGCCAGUGGAUGGUGUUGUGCUGGUGGACCCUGAGCUCGUGAAGGGGAAGAAAGUGUACGUCUCUCUGACGUGCGCCUUCCGCUACGGCCAGGAAGACAUCGACGUGAUUGGCCUGAGCUUCCGGAGGGACCUGUACUUCUCUCGGGUCCAGGUGUUCCCCACCAUGGGGGCUGCAGACACCCUCACACAACUGCAGGAGAGCCUGAUCAAGAAGCUGGGGGCCAACACGUACCCCUUUGUGCUCACGUUUCCCGACUACUUACCCUGCUCGGUGAUGCUGCAGCCCGCGCCGCAGGACACGGGCAAGUGCUGUGGGGUCGACUUUGAGGUCAAAGCAUUCGCCAUAGACAGCACGGACGAGGAGGAGGACAGAGUUCCCAAGAAGAGCUCUGUGCGUUUACUGAUCCGUAAGGUGCAGCACGCACCACCUGCGAUGGGUCCCCAGCCCCGGGCUGAGGCCACCUGGCAGUUCUUCAGGUCCGACAAGCCCCUGCACCUUGCAGUCUCCCUGAGCAAAGAGAUCUACUUCCACGGAGAACCCAUUCCUGUGACCGUGACUGUGACCAACAACACAGAGAAGACAGUGAAGAAGAUUAGAGUGUUAGUGGAGCAGGUAGCCAAUGUGGUUCUCUACUCGAGUGACUAUUACAUCAAGCCUGUGGCCGAGGAGGAAGCACAAGAAAAAGUGCCACCAAAUAGCACUCUGACCACGACACUGACGCUGGUGCCCUUGCUGGCCAACAACCGCGAACGGAGGGGCAUCGCCCUGGACGGGAAGAUCAAGCACGAGGACACAAACCUCGCCUCCAGCACCAUCAUCAAAGAAGGCAUAGACCGGACCGUGCUGGGCAUCCUGGUGUCGUACCAGCUCAAGGUGAAGCUCACGGUGUCGGGCUUCCUGGGAGAGCUCACCUCCAGCCAAGUGGCCACCGAGGUGCCGUUCCGUCUCAUGCACCCCCAGCCAGAGGACCCAGCCAUGGCCAAGGACGGCUUUCAGGAUGAAAAUUUGGUUUUUGAGGAUUUUGCUCGCCAAAAUCUGAAAGACUCAGGAGAUCCCGAUGAAGGGAAGAAAGACCAGGAGGCACCUGCGGAUGAGUGA